AUGGACGACUUUUACCGAUCCCAGCAGAGCCUGCGAGGCGAGCCGCAAAUAAAUGCGGCGUUUGUUUCGACUCCGCGAAACGGCCCAAUGCUGCCGCGCCGAUUCACCACUGACUCCGGCCGUGUACCAACACUGUCAACCAUUACGACCGUCCAGCGCGGCCCCGAGCCGCAGGAGAUUGCUCCCGCCACGCUGGAAAAGAAGAGGUUGGAAUACGAGCGCCUUCGGGAGCACAAGCGGCGCUUCGAGGCCGAGAUUCACAAGCUCGACGCCCAACAGCGUCAGGAAGAGAGAGAACUUCAAAUGAUGCAGCAGGAUCUUGCCAGUGGCCGGUUUGCCGGGCAUCAAUCGGAGCCGACGACGCCUCCCGAAUAUCGCGAGACCUCUUCAGGGUUCCCGACAAUGUUUUCUCGCCCCAAUCGGUACUCGACGUCGAGCCUGACGUCUCCACCAGGCAUAUUCAAUCGCCCUGGACGAUCUGGCUCCCAACUGACCUCUCCCCAGGCUGGUCUCGUCCAGUCUCGGUUUGCAUUUGAUGACCAGCUGCCCUCGCGAUCGGUUCCGGGCUCGCGGAGAAACAGCGACGAGGACGAGAAAGAAGAGGCUGUUCGACAGGACCCGACCAGCCAUCGCUCGACAAAUGCGCUCAACCGAUAUUCGAUGCCCGUUACCCGUUCUCGCCCGUAUAUCACAGACAUCGGCCUCGAAGACAGCAAUAACACCACCGGAUUCCUCUUCGGUGACGAGGAUUCGAACUCUGGCGAGACCAGAACCACCCCCACCGCGCAGGCCAACGGCACCGACGCAUUCCCUACAUUGUUUCGUCAGCAAGGAUAUACUGCUAAUAUGUUAUCCACUUCGUCAUCCGCCCUAGAUCUUGCCCAGGCACAGUCCUCGGGACAGGAGUCCACCGCGACGAACGGCUGGGCCAAUAUGAACAAGCAUCGCUCCCAGCAGAGCGUCUCUACUAUCGGCUCGACCCAGCUCAACGGAGGAGCGGUCAGCUCGCCCUCCGAGGUCAGCGGCAUUGGCAGCCGCCCGAACAGCAUGCGGCUCUCAAUGGACGGCAGCAUGAAGUUUUUCCAGGAUGGCGCACCGGGCGCAUCGGACGCGACUCCCCCAUCGGUAGUGUCGCCACCCAACCACAUCGUGGCUUCCCCGCCUAAGCUUCAGCAGUCGUAUUCCGCCAACGACGUGACGACUCUCAAGACUCCGAACAAUUCGUCUAGCUUGGGUGCCAAUGCCAACAACCACGCCCAGCAGCAUUUCCACAACCACAACGCUAGUCUCGGCCGUAUUCCUGCCGGUGCCAUGCCUCACCGCCAUAGCCGUGAGCUCUCGAAUGACGCCGCCUUGGCCAACGGUCGCGACAACAACGGCUACCCUUCUAUCACGUCAACUCUGCAUGCAAAUGCUGCUCCCUUUGGCCCGCCGUCAGUCCAGACGCAGUCUUCUGCCCCGAGCACCCCGGGCAUGACUUCGCCGGCUUCGAGCCUGCAGUAUCAGCAAUACUACAACGGAGCCAACUACAACGGCCUUGCCAAUGGCCUUCCCCCGGCGUACACGUCUCUUCCGAUGCUUGUGCAGGGCAUGCAGGGCCUGUCGGCCGGCCCUUCGGCCCCUCAACCUUCGUCUCUGUACUCCCCGCAGAAUUAUACCGGCUAUGGACCUCUUUACGCUAACAAUAACACGCCCUCUCGGCCGCCGCAGGACAGUCAGGCUCGAGUUAUCGCGAACCGUCGUCAGUUGGACAGUGAGGCCAUGGCUCGCUUCAAUGGCAUGACAUUGGAGCAAGUUGGUGGUACCAUCUACACACUGUGCAAGGACCAGCACGGCUGCCGAUACCUACAGAAGCAGCUGGAGAACCGCAUCCCCGAGCAGAUCCAUAUGAUCUGGCUCGAGACUAACCAGCACGUCGUGGAGCUGAUGACGGACCCCUUCGGUAACUAUCUAUGCCAGAAGCUGCUCGAGUAUUGCGGCGACGACGAACGCACCGUUCUCAUCCAAAAUGCAGCCCCAGAAAUGGUCCGUAUUGCGUUGAACCAACAUGGUACUCGAGCCCUCCAGAAGAUGAUCGAGCAUGUGACCACGCCAGUUCAAAUCAACACAAUCAUUGAAGCCCUCCGCUAUCAGGUCGUUGAGCUGAUUCAGGACCUCAAUGGAAACCAUGUUAUCCAGAAGUGCCUGAAUAAGCUGAGCCCUAAGGAUGCUCACUUUAUCUUCGAGGCAGUUGGCCACAACUGCAUCGAUGUCGGCACUCACCGUCAUGGUUGCUGCGUCCUCCAACGCUGCAUCGAUCACGCCAACGGCACUCAGAAGCAGUGGCUCAUAGAAUGCAUCACAGACCAUGCUGUUGCCCUUGUCCAGGAUCCAUUCGGCAACUAUGUGGUUCAGUACAUCAUCGACCUCAACGAGGAGUCGUUCACGGAGCCCCUUGUCUAUCAGUUCAAGGGCCGUAUUGCCUACCUCUCCAAGCACAAGUUCAGCUCCAACGUGGUUGAGAAGUGCCUCCGCUGCGCCUCCGAUGUGGCCAAGGACAUGAUUGUGCAGGAGCUGCUGUCUCCAACCGAUAUUGAGCGCCUGCUCCGGGAUUCGUUUGCCAACUACGUCGUCCAGACCGCUCUUGAGUAUGCGACCCCGAGCAUGAAGCACCACCUUGUCGAGACGAUCCGCCCGCACCUGCCCAGCAUUCGUGCAACCCCCUAUGGUCGUCGUAUCCAGGCCAAGAUCCAGGCCUACGACGCUCGCAGCAACACUCAACCCCCCGGUCAGAUGGUGCCCGUCGAUGCGUCUGGCGGCCAGAUUAGCACGCGUUUGAAUCAUCCUCGCACCAUGUCGAACGCCUCGUCAAUCCUCGGGGCCGGCACUAAUGGAGUGAACAACAACAACAACUUCGCUCAAGCUCAUAGUCAGGUUCAGGUUCAGGCCCAGGCUCAGAUUCAGGCCCCCCCUCAGCCUCCUCGUGUUCAGCAGUUCACCCCGCAGUUCACGUCCAUGGGCUCCUCUGUUGAGAAUGGCGAGACUCAGUGGUUCUAG